CCGUAAGAUUUCAGCUAGCAGACGAAUUUUGAAAAUAAUCAAGCGUGUAAACAUUGCUUGAAAGUUUAGUUCUGUUAGCUAUCACAUUGUGUAUGAUGCUUAGUUCUCCAGUAUUUUACUCUAUUAUUACUUCUAGAUCUUAUCAAAUAUCUAGAGGUUCAUUUAAUUUAUUUAAAAACCUACUAUUUAAUCGUUCAUUCUCCAGUGAAAAUACACAAACCAAACAGCAGGAAGACGAUGUACAUUUUUUCGGCUUUCAGAAAGUCUCUUCAUCAGAAAAAAGACAAAGAGUGCAGUCAGUCUUCUCUAAUGUUGCUGCUAAAUAUGAUUUAAUGAAUGACAUUAUGAGUGGUGGAAUCCACAGGUUUUGGAAAGAUUACUUCAUACAUACCCUUGCACCAACUGCAGGAACAAAACUUUUGGAUGUAGCUGGAGGAACAGGUGACAUUGCAUUUCGUUUCUUGAAAGCUGUAGAAAAUGAAAGUCUAGAGUUUUCAGAAAUUCAAGAUAAUCCAGAAAGCCAUGUAACAGUAUUAGACAUUAAUGCAAAUAUGCUUUCAAUAUGUAAAAACAGAGCUGAAGAAGCUGGAUUGUGUAAUUCACUAACUUACAUACAAGGAAAUGCAGAAAAAUUACCUUUUCCAGAUAAUACUUUUGAUGCUUAUACCAUAGCAUUUGGAAUUAGAAAUGUAGUUCAUAUUGAAGAGGCUUUAAUAGAAGCAUUGAGAGUGUUAAGACCAGGAGGGCGCUUUUUGUGUCUAGAAUUUAGUGAAGUGAGAAAUCCAACCUUUAACAGAAUAUAUUACUGGUAUUCCCAUGAAGUAAUUCCAGUUCUGGGAGAAUUAGUAGCUGGAGAUUGGAAAUCUUACCAAUAUUUAAUCGAAAGCAUACAGAAAUUUCCUAAUCAGGAAGACUUCAGUCAAAUGAUAAAAGAAGCUGGAUUCUGUGCAGUAACAUAUGAAAACUUAUUUAAUGGUAUUGCAGCAAUUCAUUCUGCUUACAAGCUAUGAAUCUUUAUUUAUGAAAUUCAAAACAUGAAAAUUAAAAUGUACAAUUUGUACAACAUAUUGAAAUAAAUAUUUAUAAACAAAUGAGAGUGAAACAAAA